UGGCGGUCCUGCAGGCUGGUGAUCGACGCCAAGGAGGCGGCGGGCAGUGGAGACCUGGAGCAGGCCCUGCAGCUGUUCCAGCAGGCGGCCGCCAUCCGCCCCAGUGAGAAGCUGCGGGGCCGCAUACAACGACUGGAGGCAGCGUUGGCAGAACUGGCAGCCGCGGAGGAGGAGGAUGAUGGCAACUUUGUGGAUGUGUGCGGCAGCGGCCUGCUGCUCUACGGGGAGAUGCAUGAGAAGCUCUUCCAGCACCAGCGGGAGGGAGUUGCCUUCCUGUACCGCCUGUACCGGGAGGGUAGACCUGGAGGGAUCCUGGCUGAUGAUAUGGGCCUGGGGAAGACCAUCCAGAUCAUCGCCUUUCUCUCAGGUAUGUUUGACAGCGAGCUCAUCCGGCACGUCCUGCUCAUCGUGCCCACCACCCUGAUCAGCAGCUGGCUGGCUGAGUUUGCUCGCUGGACCCCUGGUCUGCGUGUCAAGGAGUUCCAUGGCACGAGCAAGAUAGAGCGCACCAGAAACCUGGAGAAGAUCCAGAGGAAGAAUGGCAUUGUCAUCACAAGCUACCAGAUGCUCAUUAACAACUGGAAGCAACUUGCCAGCUGCCACGGGCAGGACUUUAUCUGGGACUACAUCAUCCUUGACGAAGCACACAAAAUCAAGUGCCCGUCUAACAAAACAACAAAGUGUGUGUAUGCGAUUCCUGCCAAGCAUCGUCUCCUCCUCACAGGCACGCCACUGCAGAACAACCUGCAGGAAAUGUGGUCCUUGUUUGACUUUGCAUGCCAGGGCUCUCUCUUAGGAACGGCCAAAACGUUUAGAAUGGAGUACGAGAAUCCUAUUACUAGGGCCAGAGAGAAGGAUGCAACUGUAGGUGAGAAAGCACUGGGACUUAAGAUAUCUGAGAACCUAAUGACAAUUAUAAAGCCGUAUUUCCUCAGAAGGACUAAAGAUGAUAUAAAAAAAAAUCACACUGAGAAAUCAGACACUCCUCUUCCUGAGGAUCCACAUGAGCCUAGUGCCCCUGUCAUGCCAUCUCUUACUAGGAAAAAUGACUUUGUUGUGUGGGUGUACUUGGCACCAGUGCAGGAAAAAAUCUAUAGGAACUUUCUCUGUCUAGAUCACGUGAAAGAAUUGCUGACAACAACCCGAUCACCUUUGGCUGAGCUGACCGUCUUGAAGAAGCUGUGUGACCACCCCAGGCUUCUGUCUGCAAGAGCAUGUACCCAGCUGGACUUAGAUGGACAGGAGUACUUGGAGCAGGAUCACGGGAGUGAAGCAGCUGUGCUUUCCGGUGCCAACAAAAUAGAUCAUCUGUCUGAUGAGAGCCUGAUCCAGGAGUCUGGGAAAAUGCUAUUUCUUUUAGGACUCUUAGAGAGACUGCGGGAGGAGGGGCACCGAACACUCGUGUUCUCACAGUCGAGGAAAAUGCUGGAUAUCAUCGAGCGAGUUUUGUCUAGCAGACGAUUUAAGAUCAUGCGUAUUGAUGGAACAGUGACCCACCUAACAGAACGGGAGAAGCGCAUCAAUGCCUUCCAGAGUAACAAAGACUACUCUGUGUUUUUGCUGACGACACAGGUUGGUGGCGUUGGUAUAACCUUAACAGCAGCCAACCGAGUGGUGAUCUUUGAUCCCAGCUGGAAUCCUGCUACAGAUGCUCAGGCUGUAGAUAGAGCUUAUAGGAUUGGGCAGAAAGAGAAUGUGGUGAUUUACAGGCUGAUUACCUGCGGUACAGUGGAAGAGAAAAUAUAUAGGCGGCAAGUAUUUAAGGAUUCAUUAAUAAGACAGACUACAGGUGACAAAAAGAACCCAUUUAGGUAUUUCUCCAAACAGGAACUAAGGGAGCUUUUCACAUUAGAAGAUACACGAACAUCCACAACUCAGAUCCAGCUGCAGUCUUUGCAUGCCACCCAAAGACAGACUGAUGUGCAGCUGGAUGAGCACAUUGCUUAUUUGCACUCUCUGGAAAUGUUUGGCAUAUCCGAUCACGACUUAAUAUUUACAAGGGAAGUGACCCACGAGGAGCAGGCUGAGAGUGAGGAAGCCCAUCAGUACAUCCAACAGAGGGUACAGAAGGCCCAUGAGCUGGUUCAGUUAGAGUCUCAGCUUAGAGAUGUGAGGAUGGAAGAGAUCCGAAAUGCCGCUGAGGAGACGUGGUCAAGACCACCAGAACUGGCUUCCCAGUCAAAGAAGAGAUCUCCUGGGUUGAACAAUAUCACUAACUUUGUUUCACCACCAGCAGCUGAUAAAUGUGAAAAUGACAAAGUUAUUGAUCUUACAGAGGACAUGGAAGUCCAGGUUCUUGAUGUCAGCUCUAAGAUGACAAAUCUGACUAUUGAGUUAGGUGAAGAGAAACUGGCACAAGAGACAUCUGGUAUGGAUUUAGAGCUGCUUACUAGCAGCGAGAAAGGGGAACAGCCCAAUAUACAAGAAUCUGAACAAAAUCUGGACUUGAACAGUAUACCACUAUCACCUGGACUUAGUCCACUUGAUAAAGAGACUCAAAUUCUUAAACAGAAACGAUGUUCUCUUUAUCAUGUAAAUUCAGAUAGCUUGACUGAGGCUGGGAACGGCCCAUCUGAGCCUUCUCAGCAUUCUUGUAACCAAUCUGUCAUGGCUGAUGAUCUCAAAAGGUUACAAGAUACAGAAAUGGCAGAUCGGGUACUUGACUCAUUUGCUGUCUCAGAGACAGAGAAGAAUGAUGUUUCUGAGCUAGCUUUGUCUGCCUCACCACCAGAUUUAUCAGAUGUUUUACCAGAAGUCCAUGCUGAGGUCCAGAAGUAUCACGUGCUGGAAACCAGUUCGGAGGGUAUGUCUGUGCCUUCUCUCCAGGAUCAAGUUGACUUCAAUCUGGUCCUGGAAGAGUCUGAAGGUGGACUGCAGGAUGCCUCAAAUGGGGAGAGAUCAAUGGAGCACCCAGAAGAUGAGGACUUCCAACUAAAAGCAGAAAGUCUGUAUAAAUCACCAGCAAAAACUUGCUUAAGUGAGAAUGGCAACUCUGGAAACCCCUGCCACACAGCUGAAGAAGAUCCAAAUAAUUCUUUGCAAGGGAGUGAAGCAUCAGAGGAAGGCAGCGCCGUCCUCGUUUCAGGUAGAAAGAAGCACAUGAGAAGAAUUGUUUCAGAUAGUGAGGAUGAGGACCAUUCUGUUAUAAGCCUGGAGAAAGAGCAGUUUGAUAAAAGGUCCUCUCCCCUGAACAGCCCUCUGCAUCAGUUUAUAGAAGGAAUUAGUGCAUCUACACCUAAGAAUGACAGAAGUAUAGCAAAAGCCAUCUUUUCUCCCAAAUUAACUAACAGCAGUAACAGGUCUACAGCUUCCAGGAGAUCUCUCAUCAACAAGGUGGUGGAUGAGGUUGAGGAUAUUGGUGAAAUCAUGGGAACCACAGAUGAAGAAGAAAACAGCCAUGAGGAACAAGAAGGCUUUGCAGAAGAAGAAGCAGAAGAGUGUAGUGGGGAGUCUGCUGAGCCUGAAGAAGAACCUGCUGGAGAAACACUUAAUUCAACUGGAGAGUCCUUCCAUACAGAGGGUACGCAGUCUGAAGGAGGUGAGACAGAGUCAUCUCAGGAGGAAUCCACUGGUGAUGCAGAGCUUCAGUCAGAUGAGCAGCUGGAGUACUGCACCCAGGAAAGCUUCUCUACUGGUCAGAGUUUCUCCCCCCCUUCAGGUAAUUACAGUACCUUGGUGGACAGAGGGAAGAAUCUGAAGGACAGUGGAAAACUACAAGAGGCACUGAACUGUUUCCUGCAAGCUCUUGACAUAAAAAGUGGAGAUCCUGAAAUUAUGCUUAUGACUCUAAACUUGUAUAGACAGCUAGCCCAGAAAUGAAACGUAAGCCUUUGAACAGUCUUAUGAAAUAUGCAUUCCUUUGUUAAGUAGUUUAACUCUUUUCACAGAAUAUUUGUCUGAACUACAGUGAUUAUUAUUCUUAUUUUUUUUAAACUUAAGACUGAUGGCUGCAAUUUAUAUUUCUUUCAUGUUAUGAAACUUUCAGUCGUGCUUAGUGAGCAAAUCCAGCAACUCCUCCUGUUGUGUAAGAAACUGUCACAUUUUAGGUGCUGGGAGAGAGAUUUCACCGUGGACUCAGUUCACUAAAUGAAAUAAGUUCAUGUUCCUGUUCACUUAAUUAAAAUACAUAUCUUUAUACACAAA